AUGUCUGCUAGAUUGAAUGAUAUUAAGGACCACUUGACUGGGGGAGCUCAUCCAGCUUCUUCAACUGAUACUACUCCUGACGACGUGGUGAUUGUUGCCGCUAACAGAACCGCCAUUGCCAAGGGGUUCAAGGGGUCUCUUAAGGAUGUUAAUACAGACUACAUACUGCUCCAGUUUUUGCUACAGCUAGUGGCGUCGUUCCCCAGUGAGAUCAGGGACCACUUGGAUCUCAUUGGAGAGGUGGCCUGUGGGAACGUCCUCAACACUGGCGCUGGAGCCACGGAACACAGGGCCGCCUGUCUCGCGGCCGGUAUUCCGUACACUACGCCCUUUGUCGCCGUCAACAGACAGUGUUCGUCAGGGCUCACGGCGGUGAACGAUAUUGCUAACAAGAUCAAAGUGGGACAAAUCGACAUUGGGUUGGCGCUUGGAGUCGAAUCGAUGACGCAAAACUACAAAAACAUUAACUCGCUGGGCACAAUCUCAGACGAGUUGAAGACGGACAAGAGGGCCAACAAGUGUCUGAUCCCGAUGGGAUUCACAAACGAAAAUAUUGCACAGAAAUGGUCCAUCGACAGAGCCAAGCAGGACAAGUUUGCCUCCGAAUCCUACAAUAAGGCCGAAAGGGCAUCGAAAACGGGCCUGUUCAAGGAGGAAAUCUUACCCAUACCGCUACCAUCGGGUAAAAUGUUCGAUACGGACGAGGGUCCCAGGCCUAAUGUCACAAGCGACAGCCUGGGCCAGCUGAGACCCGCAUUUAUCAAGGAUAAAGGUACCACAACCGCCGGUAACGCCUCACAGGUAUCAGACGGAGCUGCCGGAGUUCUGCUGGCUCGGAGAUCUAUCGCGGAGAAGUUGAACUUACCAAUCAUGGGUCGCUACGUUGCGUUCCAAGUCGUAGGAGUCCCCCCAGAAGUGAUGGGUGUGGGACCAGCAUUCGCCAUCCCAAGAGUUUUGAAAGACGCUCACUUGAAUGUCUCAGAAAUCGACAUAUUUGAGAUCAACGAGGCCUUUGCCGCACAGGCUCUGUUCUGCAUCGAGAAACUUGGUAUCAACCCCAGUAAGGUAAACCCACGUGGUGGAGCAAUCGCACUGGGGCACCCGUUGGGGUGCACAGGAGCCAGACAGAUCGCAACAAUAUUGCACGAGUUGCAGCCCAACCAAAUUGGCGUUGUUAGCAUGUGCAUUGGCACCGGGAUGGGGGCAGCUGCAGUUUUUAUCAAAGAGUGA